AUUUAUAGGUGAACUAACCCUUUAAUCAAUGGAUAUAAUGUUCUAGUCUACAUAUCAGUGUAGCCUACAUUUUGUAAAUAUCAACUAAAAUGUUUUUAAAAGCUGAUAAACAUUUCUUACAGAUAUUUCUUGCUCCAAGAAAUAUCGCCUAAUUACACACAUCAAAAUAAUUUCUGUUUCAUCAUUUUAAAAUGAUUUAUAAAUGAAUAUACUUAAUCAAUAAAUACAUUUUAUUUCUAAAUAAAUAUGUAAAUCUUCACAUCUGGCCUACACAACAUACGCGUACAACUAAAAUGUUUUCUUUUCCUCACAAUUGGGUCAGCCUUCUCCGUCAUAAAUAAUCCUAACAUAUAAAAGUGGAUCACCCAAAAAUUGAAGGCGCUCGAGACCUAUGGAUCUGUGAGCACUGGCAACCGCACAUCUGUCUCAGGAAGUGCUUUCAUCCACAGGGUCAUCCAUCUCACAGAGGGUUAAAAGGUUUAAGCUGCUGUGAACCUGUAGAGAGCAGCAUUUGAUAUAAUCGCAUACUUCUAUACCAUCAGCUCGUCCUUACCGUAAAGGGGGUGGAGCGACUAUAGUAAAGCUCGUGUAUUUUCCUGUUGUGGCAGCCGAAACCGAAUCGUUUUCAAACGUGGUCAAACAAAUAACAUACUAACACUUUCCUUCUAAGUGGAUAUAAUCCGAACAUAGGCUAUUAUUUUAAGUAGUUCUUAGCGGUUUGGAAGGGUAUCGCAGCGCGCCGAGCGGGCGACUCGCGACGAAGAAGACCGCUCGUUAAGGAGACUGCUGGUGGGACUUCAAUGUACCAUUUCGCGUUGUUUUGGAAGCAGUUUGUGUUUCUUCGUAAGGAAGUGGCAUUGGCGUCCUGUAACUGCUGAAUGAGCGACCGUGAGCUGAUCGUAUGCUGACGUGCAGAGGGUCGAGUCCGCCUCAGUCUGCUGUGAUUGGAUGCUGGAUGGAAUCAAGGUGAAUGGAAAACACAGAGCAGGAGCACAACCUGCCAGAAGGAGAUGAGACGCAAUGGCCAAAUGGAGUGAAGAGGAAAAGAAAGAAUAGUCAAUGCUCUAUGAACAGCACAUCCGACAAGAGCAUCUCUGUUCCUGGGUACGUUCCCAGUUAUCUGGAGAAAGAUGAGCCGUGUGUGGUGUGCGGAGACAAGGCCACUGGCUAUCAUUACCGCUGCAUCACAUGUGAGGGCUGCAAGGGUUUCUUCAGGAGGACAAUACAGAAAAACCUUCAUCCGUCCUAUUCCUGUAAAUAUGACAGCUGCUGCAUCAUUGACAAAAUCACCCGCAACCAGUGCCAGCUGUGCCGCUUCAGGAAGUGCAUCUCAGUGGGCAUGGCCAUGGACUUGGUGCUGGAUGAUUCGAAGCGCGUGGCCAAGAGGCGUCUGAUCGAAGAAAAUCGGGAGAAGAGAAAGAAAGAGGAGAUUGUGAAGACGUUACACAAUCGACCUGAGCCCACCGUGUCAGAGUGGGAGCUCAUUCGUAUGGUGACGGAGGCUCAUCGGCACACCAAUGCCCAGGGCCCUCACUGGAAACAGAAACGCAAGUUCCUACCAGAAGACAUUGGACAGUCUCCAGCCCCGACAUCAGACAAUGAUAAAGUGGACCUGGAGGCCUUCAGUGAGUUUACCAAGAUCAUUACGCCUGCCAUCACACGAGUUGUGGACUUUGCCAAAAAACUGCCCAUGUUCUCCGAGCUGCCCUGUGAAGACCAGAUCAUCUUGCUGAAAGGCUGCUGUAUGGAGAUCAUGUCAUUGCGAGCAGCGGUGCGCUACGACCCAGAGAGCGAGACUCUGACCCUGAGCGGAGAGAUGGCCGUCAGUCGAGAGCAGCUGAAAAACGGAGGGCUCGGAGUGGUUUCUGAUGCCAUCUUUGAUUUGGGGAAGAGCCUGUCACAGUUUAACCUGGAUGACUCUGAGGUGGCACUGCUACAAGCUGUGCUGCUCAUGAGCUCAGAUCGCUCUGGACUGACAUGUGUGGAGAAGAUCGAGAAGUGUCAGGAGAUGUACCUGUUGGCAUUCGAGCACUACAUCAACCACCGCAAGCACAACAUCUCCCACUUCUGGCCCAAGCUGCUGAUGAAGGUGACGAACCUGCGCAUGAUCGGCGCCUGCCACGCCAGCCGCUUCCUGCACAUGAAGGUGGAGUGUCCAACAGAACUGUUCCCGCCGCUCUUCCUGGAGGUCUUCGAGGAUCAGGAGGUGUGACCCAGAGACACAGCGGCAAAACAAACUCCACCUCAUUUUGUUUUCUCGCAAAGCAUACCAGAAGCGUUUUUUGUUUCUCACAAGCUCGUGCGCUCUCGAAACGGGACAUGUACUUUAUUUUGCAUCGUCGGUCCCUCGUCUGCUUUUGUCUGGGAUUUGUUUCCGGGUUGUCAGCCUCCACACGUUUCGACCCUGCCAUUCAGAUAUUCCUCUCACAGACGGACAAAAGCUAGCAUGCAUCAACCUACCUCUCAUACAAACAUACCUCCCAAUCUCAGAAGGAGCUUAUUUUUAAAAGCGUGACAAAAUAAAACAAAAAAAAGCGCCACAUUUUUCAAUAGCGGUUUCGGAAACGCUAGCUGUCGUUAACAUCUUAACUCCUACGUUUGAGCUCUACACUAUUAAAUAGUAACGAAUAAAUUGGGGGCUAUUUAUUUAUUUUUUUCAUCUUCGUCUUUGCACGCAUAGAAUAUCUCCUUUUAAAAACAUAACUACCUGAUG